AUGUAUCUUUUAACAAAUGUAAGAAUUGAUAAUUGCAGUUCACUCAGCCAUUCACUAGACAGAACCAUGGCUGUGGGUUACUGGAGCAAACGGCUGGUGGCUUGUCUCCUCAAUGUUUCUGAGGCCCGCAGGACAGAUCAGGUGGAGGCUGUGGCCAAGGCCGCGCUAUACGAUGCUGGAGGAGUUAGACGAGAGGGAGCCACAGUGCUGAACAUCUUUAAUGACCAUGACUACAAUCGCUCCGUCAUCACCAUUGUGGCCAGCAUUGAUUCCAUCAAGGAGGUGAUCCUGUCGGCUUGUGAGAGAGCCUUUGGGCUGAUCGACAUGCGGGCUCACACGGGGGUCCACCCCUGCCUGGGCGCCGUUGACCUCAUACCCAUCUACCCUCUGGGAGAAGAGGUGGGAGUGGAGGAUUGUGCUAGCGAGGCUCGAGCUGUGGCUCAGGGACUCACACAGAGGGUCCCGGGCACCAGUGCCUUCCUGUUUGGCUGGGCAGACCCCCCCCUGCAGCGCAGCCUGGCUCAGAGGAGGAAGGAGCUGGGCUGGUUCAAGAGGACCUCCGACCUGCAGGCAGUCAGGCCCGACGUGGGGCCACAGCCGCAGGAACGCUUCGGCCUCACUGGUGUUGGCGCCACUCCGUACGUCAUGAACUGCAACGUGACCAUCGACACCCAGGACCUGCGCGUGGGUCGAAGCAUCGCCUCAGCAAUCAGAGCGUCCACCCCUGGGGGCCUGCCCGGGCUGCAGGUGCUGGCUCUGCCACACGAAGGCGCCGUGGAAAUCGCCUGCAACGUGGAGAGCGUGAGGGGAAGUGGGCCGGGUCACGCGACAGCAGGUGAACCCUGGCCGCGUUUCAGCAUCGGCGGUCGGCCGUACUGUCACGCUCCAGCUUCCCUCAUCGCUGCCAGGGUGGCGGAGCUGGCGGGAAGGCAGGGGGUGGCGACGAAGGGCACUGCACUGGUGGGGUUCACCCCCCGCGAGUGCAGGGGCUUAGCAGAGUUAGCAAUAUCUCAAGGAAUAGCAGAAUUUUGGAAGGAGCAGCACAGGAUUCGGAUGUGAAAUAAAAAACCCAACCCAACCAAUGCGUAUUCUGAGUUGACAGUAGAGUCAGGAUCUCACUAGUGCUUUACAUUUACAGUUUACCGUGAGGUUAUUGGUUUCCUGAGCAAGUGUCCCUAGUUAUUUCCACCUCUGCAUCUAAUUAGCUAAAGGUAGCGCCUUGUUUAGAAUAAUUCUUAAACAGUGAGCCAUUUUUAGCCAAUUGGAUCGGUUUAAAUGUUUUUGUACAUUUAUUUACAGCAUUUGUACAGAAUUUGGAUUUCACACGUGAACUGUGUCUUUUCCUAUUUGAGCAAACUGGAAUUGUUCUGUUUACGCAUUAUUCUUCUGGUUUCCCAACGUGGGCCCUACCAUGCAUGUCCCUGUGGGAGACUUACCAUCUGUGUGUCACACUCCUAUUUUUGUCACAUCAACAGAAUCUUGUAGAAACAUCCAGGACUGUGACGACGUGCUACAGUGAAAUAAGCAAAUAAUAUUUUAUGACGAUUUGCCUUUUAGUCACAUGGAUCAUCUUGACGACUUCCCACAUCAGAUGAAUUUGGUGAGGAAUGAACUGGGGCAGACGAUUCCACUCAUUUGCUACAGUACAUAUGACAAAUCAAAUAAUAUGGAUGCGAGUUAUUAGAUAAAGUAUAGACGUCUGUAUGGAAGAAUUAAAAAAACGAAUCAUAUGUUUCAUUUAUAUGUAAAAACGUGACAGUCUAAUCUGCACAGAGGGCGGAUGUUAAUCUGUUAAGCUUUACACACGUUUCUAGGUGCUAUGAAUCAUCUAAUCUCCCAGUGAGGUUGGUGCGUUGACCAUCAGGUCUGUUUUACUGUCCCUUCACUUGGUUUUGCCAUUUAUAAUUUCUCUGCUUUCCAAGUUACGUAAGUUUGGUCUUUGAGGUCGGAUAAGCUGUGAGAACAUUUACCUCUUUGUAUGACUUCCAGCUGAGGCUCUUAGCUGCACACAGCAACACAGCAGCUGCUGCAGCAUCAUCCCAUGCAAAUCACACACACGCGCGCGCACACACACACACACACACACACACACACACACACACACCUCCUCCUCUCUCUGUCGUCUUCCUCUCCUCUGCAUUUAGACACGCAUGCACUGGCACACUCAAACACACACACGCACACACACACAGGCUGCCAGGCUUGGGAGCAUCAAGGCCCAAUCUAGGUCACAGUAUAAGCCCAGAGGUAUCCUGGUCUACACACACACAAACACACUUAGAUUCACAUCUAGCGUUAAAAAUCCAUUUUGACUCAACAAAAUUUGUCUCAACUAACAGUAAAAAUAUUUAGAUUUUUUUUUGUAAUCAUCAUGUUUAAAGAAAACCCUCCUGUGCCCAUCUUCGCCUCCUCCCCCUCCAGAUAACCUCACUGGGGAUGUGACUCAGCCGCAUGUGCACUUGUGAUUGUCACAAGAUCUUAAUUUUCUUGAUUUGUGCCCAUUUCCCACCGAUGCCAGAUCAGACCUUUGAGAGCAUUCUGCUUUAAAUGGAGACAUGGAUGUUCAUAUGUGCUGCAGCUGCAGUUUGUGUGCAUCCUCGCAGCGAAAGCACCAAAGGAGCUCUUUGAUAUGACUUAGCCUGACAGCAUAUCAUCUCAGAUGCAGCCAUGUGUCACAGCACAGAAAUAGAGGAGCUUAUUUCUUCACAUCAGUCUGUAGCCUUCUAUAAAUAUUCCAAAGCUC